AUGCAGCAUCAGCAUCAUCAACAUCCAUACGGGUGCUGCCCAAAUGGCGAGCCUCAUGCAGAGUCUGGGGAUUAUCUCGUUUCUUGGCUCGAUGCACUUUCCGCUCAGGGGACCGCCUGGUAUCCUGCGCUCUACCCAGACCACCCUCGAUCCUCCCAGCACUGGUUCGACGCGCGCACGAUCGUCACCUCUCCUGUGGCCGGCUUCUCUUCCAAUUUCCACCAGGGCUCAUCCGACUCGUAUCAUUAUCGCAAUCAUCCCGGCACGGACGGCGCGCAUUCAAAUUCGCAUACAUUGCCAUUGUGUCAUCAUAACACUUAUCCCCCCGUUAUCCCUCAGCACAAUCCCCUUCCCACAUUCUACGAAGGGCAAUCACCGGAGCUCCCCAUAUAUCAGGCGUUCCCAUCCUUCGACUUCGUGGAUGCAGACUCGAUGCCGUCCAUGUCCUCGUCACCGGCUGCAACAGACACGGAUAGUGUCUCCACCAGCACGAGCGGUCGUCAGAAGACUAAGAUAGAGCUGGCGCCUGAUCAGCCCUUGACCGUCGACGGAAAUCCCCGCAAACGUGUCUUCGUGGCAUGCGAUCGCUGCUCCGCUGUGACGGCGCCCACCCCAAUUGCUGCAAUUGUCAGCGGGUCGCGGAUCAAGGGGUGUUCUGCUCCUAUGAGUCUGCACCCCGGCGACGAGGACAAGACAAGGCGCCCCGCAUACGCUCGCCUGUGGGACAGAGGAAGCCGAGGCGGCCUGCGGUACGCAAGGAGCGCAGUGGUCAUGUUCCAUGAUGAGCAGCUUAGCCAAGGUUUAUGGCUUCGGUAA